AUGGACAAUCUUCAUCAAAAGUUGGAAGAACUUGCACGCGGGAUGGCUUGGGAUUUGCAUGCUAUUGUGGGAUGUACAAUUGCCCCAGCCACCAAUAUGGACAACCCGAAUCUCAUUCUUUCUCAACAUUUUUGUGCUGAACAAAAUGACCUACUUUGCAAUUUUCAGGAAUUCUCAGAAACCAAAACGGUGCUUGAUGAAUUGGAAGAGAUUUAUAAACCUUUCUACCCCCAAAUUCGUAACAGUUCCAUCAUUUCAAGUUCCCAACCCGUCCCUGAUAAAACUGUCAAAAAACUCAAACCAUCAAACACCGCAGUCUCUAAAUGCAGAAAAAGCAAGAAGAAGCUGAAGAGCAAGAGGGAGGUGAAGCAUAUGACAGCUGCAGAUGGUGUGUCAGACCCAUGGGCAUGGCGUAAAUAUGGACAGAAACCGAUAAAGGGAUCACCAUAUCCACGUAGCUAUUAUAGAUGCAGCAGCUCCAAAGGAUGUUUGGCUAGGAAACACGUGGAACGUAGCCAUUUGGAUCCCGGACUUUUCAUAGUUACCUACACCGCAGAACACAGCCCUCACCAAGCUCGAAAAAACUCAACUUCCACCAUUGCACCUCCUCCAACAACGAAGCGACAUGGCUUAAAAGUUUCCCUAUCAUUUUCUCCAAACUUUCUUUUGUUUAAUCUACAGUAA